AUGCUCACGGCACGAUCCAAUCUGAUUGGGAAGAAGGGCAAGAAGGCCAAAAAGUCGGUGUCGGCGCUGAUUGUGGCCUCGGGUGCGGCCGGCACCAUCGGCUUCACCCCGUUCUACAACGUCCUUGCCGGCCUCAAGCGGCCCUCCAAAUCGGACUCGGCCAUCAUCCUCAACACCAACGGAUCGCAGCCAGGCAAGUUCAACAGCCGCCGGACCCAGUCGCUGUCGGUGCUGAACCGGCCGAACGACAUCUUGGCAACGACGCUGAGCGCAACCCAGCCGUCGGGCAUUACGGUCUCGUCUCUCGGGGCUCCGUCCGGAGCGAAUGGAAUAAUGGCAGUGCCCGACGGCGCAAAGAGCUUGCCGCCCCUCCCAGGAAAGGGACAUGCCGAGCUCACAAGGGCGCCAUGCACUGAAUUCGAAAUCGAGGUCGACUGGGGGGAUGUCGGCAACGACGAAGGCGACGGCAAGACGGCCACCCGCACCAACGCAGGCACCAGCCCAGGCCACGCAAUCUAUGGGAGCUCGAGGCUGCCCAAGACGGGCUUCCGAGUCGGCGAGCAGCGGCGAAUCCAGUCUGCUCCGGCGACAGCCCCGAAGCUCACCGGGACAAUCGCCGGUCCUGAAACCGACGAAUGGCUGCUGGAAGACGAGGACGAUUACGUGGUCGCCUCGGUCAAGCAAAAGGCCACCAAGCGGAAGGAGCUGCGAUAUGAGACCGGACACCACCACGCCAACUACGAGAGCUGGGACGACGACUUUUGCGAGGACAUGAUGGAUCUGACUGUCCCGCCGGCGGUGGAGAGCGUCCAAAAGGGAAUCAAGUCUGAUAUCAGCAACAUGCGCCGGUUUGCGCUGCACAUGGAAGAUCUCAAAUUGAUCUACCUCGACACCCAGGACAUUGCCGCAAGCAUCCCCAACAACGUGGUCUCGCCCCUGGCGUCCAAGUAUGCCCAGUAUAUCCGGCGCGUCGAGGUUCUGAUCGACUUGGCAGACUUUGUGGACGGGCAGGCAGCCUCGGGGCCCAACGAAAACAACCUCAGGAUCUUGUACGAGAUCAUUGACUCGUCGCUGAGUCAGAGCGACCGACACGACCAGGAGCGACAGAUGACGCUGCAGGAGCUGAAGGACAUGGUGGCCGAGGGCAAGGUCCAGUUCGGCAUCGACCUGGUCCCGUUCCUGAUCAAGGGCAUUGGGCCCUUGAAGCAGCACAUCGGCAGCUAUCUGCGGGAGCUGCGCGGCAUUGUCGUCAAACAGAGAUAG